AUGACAACGCCGAGCCGAGCAAUGUCUGGAAUAGUUCCUGAAGAACUGUCAGAAGAAAAUUAUGAGUUCUGGAAAGGAUGCUUGAAAAGCUAUCUGGUUGGCCAUGGCCUUUGGGGUGUUGUUUCAAGAAGAGAGCCAAAACCCGAAAAAAAUUCCCCGUUGCAUGACGAAUGGAAGAGGAAGAAUGCACUGGCUUUGCAUGCCAUUCAACUAUCAUGCGGUUCAGGCAUAUAUUCUAAGUUUAAGGAAGCUCAUGUUUCUGCAGACUAUGCUUGGCACCACUUGGCCGAAAAGCGUCGCCGGCCACCGGUGGCAAUGGUGCUGACUGAUCAUGAAGAAGAAGGCCAUUCGGAACACAAUGGGACGGAACAUCAUCAAUAUGCGGAACUGUACAAGGCAGUGGAAAAAGGCGACUGGAAGGAGACGCACCACAUCCUUCAGCGUGAACCAAAUGCGGUUAGGGCAAUAAUUUCAUCGCACAAAGAUACAGCUCUUCACGUUGCAAUUCUAUGUGGACACACAAAGAUAGCAGAGGAGUUGGUGAGGUUGAUGAAACCAGAAGACUUAGAAUUGACAAACGAAUUCAGGGCCACUGCUCUCUCUCUUGCUGCCAUCAGUGGAGAAACAAAGCUGGCCAAGGCAAUGGUGAGGAAGAAUGACAAGUUGGUUAGAGUUGCACAUGAUCAUGAUGAUGGAAAUCUCCCUGUUAUUGUGGCUGCUUUGUAUGGCCGGAGGCGAAUGGUCCGGUAUCUCUAUUCCAAGACACCCAAGGAUGAGCUAAGUCCCGAAAGAGGCGAACAUGGUGCCACACUGCUCAAUUGUCUCAUCACUGCUGAUAUCUAUGAUGUUGCUUCAAUGCUGCUGAAACGGUAUCCACAUCUGGGCGUGGUCCGAGAUCAUUAUGGGAACUACACACUCAGAAUGUUGGCUCACAAGCCUUCUGCUUUCCCAAGUGGAAGGGUAACCGUGCAUUCACCAUGGGAUGGUCAAAGGUGGCACCACCAUGGAUCGGUUGAUGUAGAGAGCAAUAAAAUUCAAGGACUGAGCAGUGAUGAAAGGAGCAUCGAAAUUCACGAUUCUAGUGAUGAAGAGCUCGACGGAAUGCCGCACAAAAGUCCCACUGUCGGAGGAACUAUAGUCAACGAAGGCAAUACUGUGGCUAUUGCAUGGUUUGGGUUGGAGAAUUUUAAGAUGCUCCCAGACAUCAAGCAUAUACAUGACAGAAAACUGGUACAUGUUGAAGCUGUUAAACUCCUGAGUGUCAUUUUUAAGGAGUUACCAAAACUAAAAAAGUCACAACUUGAAAGCAUGGAAAUAGAUAAAGCAAUAUAUGAUGCCAUCAAGCAUGGGAUCAUUGAAUUUGUUGAUGAAAUACUCAAGUACAAUCCCGAAAUCAUAUGGCGAAAAGAUAAUAAAGGAAGAACAAUUUUUUCCAAUGCUAUUGUUCUUCGCCAAGAGAAGAUUUUCAGCCUGAUUUACAGACUGGGAACAAAGAAGAGUAUAAUGGCCCGUCGGCAUGAUGUGUUUGGUAACAACUUCUUGCAUCUGGCUGCAAAAUUAUCUCCUCCUACUCAACUCGAGCGCGUUUCUGGGGCAGCUAUGCAGAUGCAAAGAGAACUACAAUGGUUUAAGGAGGUGGAAAGCAUGGUACAACCCAAAUUGAAAGAGGAAGUGAAUGAAAAUAACAAAACACCGGGCACUUUGUUCACUGAUGAACACCAGGAGUUGGCAAAAGAAGGGGAAAGAUGGAUGAAGAACACUGCAGGAUCAAGCAUGAUUGUAGGCACUCUCAUUGCCGCGGUGAUGUUCACAACAGCCUUUACAGUUCCGGGUGGUAACAACAACAAAAAUGGCCUGCCUAUCAUGGCGGAAACCCAGCCUCGGGCAUUCUUGGUUUUCAUGGUUUCAAAUGCCUUAUCAAUGUUCACUUCUUCAACCUCAGUGCUUAUGUUUUUAGGAAUUCUCACAGCGCGUUAUGCAGAAGAAGAUUUCCUCAAGUCCUUGCCCACAAAACUUAUCUUUGGCCUUUCAUGCCUCUUCUUCUCCAUUGUGACCAUGAUGGUAUCCUUCGGGGCGUCUCUGUAUUUGAUACUCCAUCAACAGUUGAGUUGGGUUUCCAUUCCGAUUAUAGUUUUUUCCAUUAUUCCGAUAGCUCUUUUUACAAUGCUGCAAUUUCCACUCCUCCUUGAGAUGAUCUACCGUACCUAUGUAACUGGCAUCUUUGACAAGCCAAAGAAACACCAUCUCCACCUUCUUCAUUAG